AUGUCUGCCCAGGAGGACAUCAGCACAGCGAAAGCGAACGAUCCCGACGAGAAAUAUGUUCCUCCUCAGGAAGAAAGUGAACAUGAGGCGGAUUGCCAGGUGGUAGACCCCAAGAAACUCAGCCCGGAUGUCCUCAAGAAUAUCAACAAAUCCACGAAAACCCUGACUCGGUAA